ACUGACUUAUUUCCCUUUGCACAUCUGCUUUUCUUCUUGCAAUUUAUUCAGCGAAUCUUCUGCUUCAUCUUAUUUUAAUCCAUCAAUCCAUCGCCAAACCGCGCCGAACCGACAAAGGUGUCGUCACACCUUGCCGCUGCGAGAAACAACAGCUAACACAUCCCUGAAAUCUCAUAUAUAAGAUAAACAUCUUAGAAUUUAAAAAGAAGAAUACAUUGGAUGAAGUAAUCUUAGAUUCACUGCGUCAAGAAAAUAAAAAAAAAGCGAGGGAAAAGAAAACGAAAGAAAAAAUAAGGUGUGAUCCCGGUUGGUGCAUCUUUCGUCAUAGAACGGCAUCAACGAGACCUGACCUAGGGUUAAAAACCAACCGACCACUUGGCAAUUACGACGUAGACCCCCACGUGGUCGCGCGAGUAACUAGAAAUAGCAGUCAAAUCUCGCACUUCACCGUCGGCCCUGAGAAGGAGGGAAGUACUUCUUGGGUUACGAAAUUGAACACUGAUUAACGAGUAUUUACAGAUUAUCUUUAUUGUUAUUAUUAUUGCUGUUUUUAUUCCUCUGUUAAUCGGAUUACGGCCAUAAGAUCGUCAGCUCUCUUUCACACCCCGGCAAGAUGUUAUCUACGUUGUUAUCAGUGUUCGCUAAUAUGUUCUCAGUGAUUGGGGGUCAGGUACCCGAGAGGAGUUUUGUUGCUGUCAAACCCGACGGAGUACAAAGAGCCCUUUGCGGCCCAAUUCUUCAGCGAUUCGAAAAGAAAGGAUUCAAAUUAGUAGCCUGUAAAUUUAUCUACCCAACCAAGGAACUUUUAGAAGCCCAUUAUGCUGAACAUAAAGGGAAAAGUUUCUUUGAUAAGCUUGUGGCAUAUAUGUCAUCUGGACCCGUCUUUGCCAUGGUGCUGGAGGGGGAAGGUGUUGUACAGAUGUGCCGUCAAAUGAUUGGUGCCACCAAACCACAGGAGUCGAUGCUUCGUACCAUCCGAGGAGACUAUGCUAUUGAAAUGGGGAGAAAUAUUGUUCAUGGCAGUGACUCUGUGACAUCAGCCAACCAUGAAAUAAGUCUUUGGUUUUCUUCUGAUGAACUCAUCUCUUGGGAAUCGGCAACGGAACACUUGCGAUACGAAUGAUUUUGGUGUAGUUACAGACUUCAGCUUGAAAUGAUGAUAUUUCAUCAAGGAAUUCCUCCAUCUUGCCUCAUCACAUCCGACUUGUCAUUAUUUGUUUAGGGAUCUUUAUUACAGGGACCUGUACACCCCAAGGUAUCUUAACACCACAAGAUAUUACUACUUCACUGGGAUCUCUACUUCAGCUUUACUACAGGAACCACCAAUGCAAAGACUUCUGCCCCUCAAGGAUCUCUAGCCAAAGACCUCUACAACACAGGACCUUUACCACAAAGACAUAUACACUACAGGAGUUGCUAUCACAGUGUCAUCUACCACUGGGGCUACUACAAUAAGGGUUUUUCCACAGGGGUCUCUUGCCCAAAUAUCUCUGUAUUGCAUCUUUGUCACAAGAACUUCUAUCCCAAUAAAAAUAUUUCCCACUAACACCUUUAUCCCACAAUGGCCUUUACCCCACAAUGGCCUUUACCCCACAAUAACCUUUCCCACAAACACCUCAAUGCCAUAAUGGUCUUUCCCACAAACACCUCAAUGACACAGUGGUCUUUCCCACAGGCAUCUCAAUGCCACAGUGGCCUUUCCCACAGACACUUCAAUCUCACAAAGAUAUUUCCCACAAAGAUCUCUUUUCUACAUGUCUUUCCCACAAACACCUGCACUACAUGAAUGUUUCCCACAAACAUAUCUAUGCAACAUGAAUCUUUCACACAGACACUUAUAUACUUUGCGAAUCUUUCCCAUAAACACCUCUAUGCUAUAUGAAUGUUUCCCACAAACAGCUCUACACAACAUGAAUCUUUCCCACAAGAAUCUUUACUUGAGCAAUUUCUACCUAACAAGGAUCUCUAAUGCGAGCAGUUCUACACAAUAUGAAUCCCUACCACAAUGACCUCUGCACCAAAAGGACUUCUCAGUCACAGAGACAUCUACCACAGAUUCUCUACCAUAGGGUCCUCUACCCUACACAGAUCUCAGACAGAAACCUCUACACUACAAGAAUCUCUCCCACAGGGACUGUUACAUUACUGUGUUAUAUUUCAGAAACUUGUGUAAUGAAAUUUGUUAAAUAAUAAAAGCUAUAUCGACAAUUGCA